AUGGAUCAAUCGCAGGAAUCCGAAUCAGGCAGCCUCGAUCGACUGAGCGACUUACCCGAUUCCUUAAUUCUUGAGAUUCUCUUGCUGUUGUGGGAGAUUAGAGAUGUUGUUAGGACUACUAUUCUCUCUAAACGUUGGAAAGAUCUCUGGACCACCGUCCCCCGCUUGGAUUUUCAUUUUUGUGAUGAAGAUCCAAACUUUAUCCGUGGGGUUCUUGCACAAUGGAAAGGUGCCAAGAUUCUCAAUUUUAGCAUAACUUUCAUUAGUCAUGAUCCUCCUAGUAGUGAUAUUAUCGAUUCGUUGCUUCUAUUAGCCAUGGAAAAACAAGUGGCACAGCUAACUAUGCUCGGAAUCCUACGUGGUGAUUUUGAAGAUUCUGUAGUUAAUGCAGUUCUGGGAAUUUGGGCUCCUAAUCUCUUGAAUUUUAUUCUUGAGGCUCAUUUGUAUGGUACUUGUUUGUUGGAUGUCCCGUCUUUGACUAAAGCGACUCUUAUUAUUGAUGAUCCGCCGCCUCUUGAAACGUUUGAGCAACUUCUUCGGAGCAUCCGCCAUGUUGAGAAGCUCAGAUUAUCAGAUGAGUGCAUUCAGUUACUUCACGAGAUGAAGGAGAAAGAUAUGGUUGUGCAGUUUUCGAAUGCUAACUGGUGA